CUCUCUCCCUCCUCUCAGUCCAGCCUCCCCCUCCUCUCUCUUCCUCCUCUUUCAGUUUACACCCUUUCCCCGGCGCUGGCCCCCCAGCCGUCCCCAAACCUGCCGCCUUUCCAGCCCCACCACCCCCAACCCAGCGCUUCGUUUACAGCUGGGAUUAAAUUCUCUCUGAGGCGCCAGGGAAGGGUGGUUUGAUCAGCGCUCCGGGCUUCCCCGUCUCCUUUCUGGCCUCUUCGGGGCAUGGUUUUUGGUUCUUGCCUGGUGUUUUAAAACUUAUUUCUUCUUUCUCUCCCUUUCCCUCCCGCCCUAUGUUAGUGUGGCUCCAAGGUGGUGCGUGUGGGUUCCGAGCUCUACACUGCACUCCGCAUCCCGAUAGAGGCAACUACUUUCUACUCCGGCGCCCGGAGACCCCGACAGCAGCGCAGCCCCACUGACUCAGCUCUCUACUUUGCUGGAGGCAGUUUCCCUGACCCCUCCACUCCAGUGACCGAGGACUCUCGGACUCAGGCGGCCACAGGGAGGGCCAAGAGUGGGGCCUGAGGGCACCAUGGAGGUGGCGCCGGACCAGCCCCGCUGGAUGGCCCAUCACGCAGUGCUCAACGCGCAGCAUCCGGACUCGCACCACCCGGGCCUGGCGCACAACUACAUGGAACCCGCGCAGCUGCUGCCCCCAGAUGAGGUGGAUGUGUUCUUCAAUCAUCUGGACUCACAGGGCAACCCUUACUACGCCAAUUCGGCCCAUGCCCGAGCGAGAGUCUCCUACAGCCAGGCACACGCGCGCCUGACUGGGAGCCAGAUGUGCCGGCCUCACCUUCUGCACAGCCCCGGAAUCCCGUGGCUAGAUAGCGGCAAAGCGGCGCUGUCGGCGGCUGCGGCCCACCACCACAACCCCUGGACCGUGAGCCCUUUCUCCAAGGCACCCCUGCACCCAUCGGCAGCUGGUGGCCCGGGCACGCUCUCGGUGUACCCCGGCGGAGGCAGCGGCGCCGGCAGCGGCGGCUCGGUCUCCUCUCUCACGCCCGCUUCACACUCGGGGUCUCACCUCUUCGGCUUCCCCCCGACCCCGCCCAAAGAGGUGUCCCCGGACCCCAGCGCCAGCAGCGCGGCCUCGCCCGCUUCGUCAUCGGCCGGAGGGGUCCGGCCAGAGGACAAGGACGGCGUCAAAUACCAAGUGACCCUGUCUGAUGGUUUGAAGAUGGAGAGCGGCAGCCCCCUACGGAGCAGCCUGGCUUCCAUGAGCGGGCAGCCAUCCACGCACCACCCUAUCCCCACAUACCCCUCCUAUGUGCCCGCUGCCCACGACUACAGCGGCAACCUCUUCCACCCCGGCGGUUUCCUGGGCGGCCCCGCCUCCAGCUUCACCCCCAAGCAGCGCAGUAAGGCCCGCUCCUGCUCAGAAAGACACCCAGUGUCUCUGUGUUUCCAUUUAGAAGGCCGAGAGUGUGUGAACUGCGGGGCUACAGCUACCCCACUCUGGAGAAGAGAUGGCACUGGGCACUACUUGUGUAACGCCUGUGGGCUCUACCACAAAAUGAAUGGACAAAACCGGCCACUCAUCAAACCCAAACGGAGACUGUCGGCAGCCAGGAGAGCUGGGACCUGUUGUGCCAAUUGCCAGACAACCACCACCACCUUAUGGCGCCGAAAUGCUAACGGGGACCCCGUCUGCAACGCCUGUGGCCUCUACUACAAACUGCACAAUGUGAAUCGGCCACUGACCAUGAAGAAGGAGGGUAUCCAGACCCGCAAUCGGAAGAUGUCUAACAAAUCCAAGAAGAGCAAGAAGGGUGCCGAAUGCUUUGAGGAACUGUCCAAAUGCAUGCAGGAGAAGUCCUCCCCCUUCAGUGCUGCAGCCCUGGCCAGCCACAUGGCCCCCAUGGGUCACCUCCCACCCUUCAGCCACUCGGGACACAUCCUGCCCACACCUACUCCCAUCCACCCUUCUUCCAGCAUCUCUUUUGGACACCCCCACCCAUCCAGCAUGGUGACUGCCAUGGGCUAAGGGCAGCAGCCAGGGUGCGGGGCCUCACCCAGGACAUGGACAGACAGGAUGGAUGGAUGGAUGGAUGGAUGGAUGGAUGGAUGGAUGGACAGACCUCGAUGUCAGGGUGUGAGUUGGGGGGUGGUUUGAAAGCAGGAGAGCGCCUGGGGUGGGGAGAGGCAGGGAUUAAGGCUCCAGAAGGGGUUUGAAUUCUGGUUAAGGCAGUGAUGGGCAGCCACCCCUCCCUUUCCCUCAGGGAUAACAACUGAGAAGACAUUGCCUGUGUCAUUCCCACUGAUGGGACUGGCAGUCCUGGCUUGGGGCUCAGCAAAGCCUCCUCCCUCCCUCAUUCAUUCCCAUAGCCCUCCAUGCCUGUCCUCCUCCCCCUCUGGCCUCUCUGCUAUUACUGUGAAUCUCAUAAACUGGUCUGAGAAGGCUAGCUAGAUUUCUGUCUUGGACACUUGUUUGGGGGGUAUAGGAUGACUUUAUAAAAAGGAAAGGGGGGAAAUGAACCUUCAUUGUUAGAAAAACAAAGAUGGAUAAAGGUAGAAAAAAAUAAUUUAUUUUGUUCUUGUUUCUAGCAAGAACUUCGGGGUUUUGCAAGGGUCUCAGCCAUUGCUGCAAAAGCCCUUCCCCUCCUGACCUCCUCCAUGUUUUGUGUCCUCUACUCCCUUUUGUGGGGGGACGUGGUCUCAGUUGAAAAAACACUGAUCAAUUGGAAACCUGCCUCAUUUGGUCUAGUGACCCAGCUCAUUAGCUUUAUGGGAAGGGCACUUCCACCUCCACUCAAAAAUAGGGAGAAAUCAUGAGUCUGCCUCCCCAGGGAGGCACCUGGUAGACUAGGUUCCAGUGGCUCACUGCGUUGGGUGUAGGGAAAGAGCACUCACUGGUCCCUGGGGAGGAGUCAUAUCCUCCCCUCAGCCCAAUGGGUAUUAUUGGGGGAGGAGGGAAGGCUGAUAUAGAGGAGAUAGGAGGAAGGCAGGGAAAGGGUGUCAGCUUAGCAGGGAGUGGGGGACACUUGGGAGGGAGAGACAAUCACAAAAUGGUCAGCAUUGAGGCUGAGGAGGGAAGGAUGGGUCAGAGGAAGGAGAAGAGUUUCCCCAGAACCUGUUUUGUUGUUUUUGAAGGGAAAGGGGGGAAAAAACCCCUACAAAGAAGCCCUCCUCUGACUAAAAACCAAGUUGGACAUAAACACCAAUGUGGCCAGUGUGAAGUGUGUCCUCCUGCUGGUGGGAGCCAUGCCCCUGCAGUGGGUGCAGGCCUAACCCCAUGUACAUACUUAGCUAUUCUUCUGCUGACCCCUCCUUUCCUUCUCAACUCCAAUUGCCUCUCUUCUCCCCUCCCAGCUAGGGGAUAGAAAAUUGCAUAAGCUUAACUCACCAAUGAGUUGGUCUUUAUUUUGUUUUUUUUUUUCAAUUUCUUUUUGGAUCAAGCCAAUUGUAUAUUAUUGCAAAAGUCCUGCUAAGAAGGAAAUAAAACAUAAGAAAAUGGAUGUACUUUCCUAUUUUUUUUCCUGACUAUGUAAUUCAGAAGCAUUAGCUACAGAGCAGAGAGCCAGGGACCGGAAGGGGAGAGAGAAGGCUUCCUGGCUUUGUUCCUGUUGGUCUGCUUGCUUUUCUCUGUCUUUGGGGGUUUUCUGGUCUCUGUCUGGACAGGUAGCUGCACUUUGCAAAGAAGAGAAUCCACAGGGCAAUGGGGUCCAGGUGUGGGUGUCUGGUUCUGGGUGUUGUUGGGAGGAUGGUCUAUCCUGGUGCAAUGGCACUGACCUUGCCUUGGUGUUCUAGGAGAGAAAUAAAUCCUGGUGCUAUGAGGCAGAUGGCCCCUGGUCAUGGAGAUGGCCUGGGCCAGGUCUCCUGGAGGGGCUGUUGAUGUUAGGGAGCUCAUCCUGGACAAAGGGUUCUCUUGGACUGAUACCUCCCAGUGUCAGAAGGGAGAUGCCCUUCUGAGGAUGGGAUUAGAGGGGAGAUGAGCUGUUGCCCAGGUAUUGUUCUACUGAGCUACAAAAUUGGUCCUGUGCUUGUCUGGAUUCUUUCCAUGGUACAGCUGUACAUAAUCUGUACGAGGCGGGGCUAGGGGGUGGGUGGUGAGGGGCGGAGAAGAUAUUGUCCUGAUACAGUGAUAUAUUGACAGAGUGCAAUAUAAUCAGUCGCUACAGUGGGCACACCACAGUUGGGAAUAACUUAUUUUGUACUUGUAUCAGCAUAAGAAAAAAAAAUAAAUCUGCAGUAUUUUCUGUUUUUAUUUUUUAUUUUGCUUGUUUAUUUUGGAUUAGUGAACUAAGUUAUUGUUAAUUAUGUACAACAUUUAUAUAUUGUCUGUAAAAAGUGUAUGCUAUCCUCAUAUUCCUUCAAAGUGAAUACUGCUAAGAAUAAUAAAAUUCUUUUUUUGUGA